AUGUCCCACGUCCCCUUCGACCCCACCGUCGCCGAAUUCGACGUCUCCUGCGACGCCUGGCUUGCCACCCAUCAGAAAGACUACGCCGGCGUCCACGCCAGCGCCGUCGUCUUCCUCGACGGCCCCCCCACAUCCCCUGCCCGGAUCCUGCUCGUUCAGCGCGCCGCGACCGACAGCAUGCCGCUCAAAUGGGAGCUGCCCGGUGGCGCCGUCGAUCCUCCCGCGGCGGACGCGACCAUCCUCGACGGCUGCGCGCGCGAGUUGCGGGAGGAGACGGGCCUCAUGGCGCGGCGUGUGCUGUGGCGCGUCACCGAAGGGCCUGCGGGGGAGCCGCUGACGGUGUUUACGAACUCGCGCGGGACCAAAAUCUUCUGCAAGUUCGCAUUCGAGGUCGAGGUGGAGAGCCAGGAGCCGAUCGUCCUGGAUCCAAAGGAGCACCAGGCGUGGGUGUGGGCGUCCGAGGAGGAGGUGGUGACGGGAAUGGUGGCAGCUACGGACGGCGGUGACGGGCUGAGCAUUCCGCUGACCGCGCCACAUAUACGAAGAAUCACAAUGGAAGCGUUUCGAUUGAAGAAGGAGCACAACGCUCAGCAAUAG